AUGUCGCAACCAGCCGGGGCCCCAUCAAUUCACUGUAAAGACGAUGGCUCCUUUGCAGAGAUGCAAUGUGAUUUCCGAACAUGCUGGUGUGUCACUGAAGAAGGAAUGGAAAUUCCUCUCUCCCGUAAGAAUCACCCACAGUUUCCUUCUUGCAGAAAGUUUAAAGGCGCAACGAACACUCUCGAGCUCGCUUGUCAGGACGAUCCGAUUUGUGGCUCAAUUGAUUUAUCUGAUGGUCCAGCCUGUAUGUUAAGAAAGCCUAAAGCUCGCUUUGAAUCGUCCUGUUUUGACAUUUCUUCCGUUUGCGAUCAAUGGCUGGAUUCUUGCGAAUUAUCCGCAGUCAGUUCUCUAUGCGCGAAAAGCUGCAAACUUUGUGGCCAAGAAGAAUUAUCAGAUACCAGCAAUGAGAUAGAAGUUGAGAUGGCUAAAUGCAAAGAUUCUGUCGCUAGAUGCCCUGAUUGGAAAAACGAUUGUCACUCAGAAUUCACUCAAAAACUUUGCCCGAGUACCUGCGGUUUGUGCUUAGACGAGGAUUCCAAGAGCACCGACAUCAUUGAAGAUCAAUUAAGCACCUCGCCAAUGGUUUGCAAGGACAUUUACGAUUUCUGUCCACAGAUCGGUUUCAUGUGCGAUGAAGCAACUACCAGAGCUAUGUGCUCAAAGACCUGCAGCGUUUGUGGAGAUUCAGCAUCCACUCAAAACGGGGACGCUAGUCUGAACUGUCUUGAUUGGCAAAACUUCUGUUAUAUGCCCUUCGUCAGAAAUAACUGCGGUGCCACUUGCGCAAACUGGGAGGAAAACUAUUCAGGAGAUGACGAAGCUGCGUCGGAAGGUUCUGGCAAUGGUUCUGGGGACUUUGAGUUCGAAUCAUCAGGAGAAAUCGAAGUAGCACCGAUGAAAGAAGAUCUCCCUCUUAGCUGUCAAGGAUUUUCUCUUCCAGUAUCACUCGAAGAAAAGUCAAUUCUAUUCAAUGGACCGUCAUCUGAAGAACUUUGUAAAUGGUCAAUCAAUCGACCUGACGAGAAUCAAUUAGUGAUGCUCACCGUUGAAAUUAUGGAUAUCCGAACAGUCAAUGACUGCUCCUAUUUUGUCGACGUUUAUGAUCAGGGACAGCCUGUUGUCAGACUCUGUGGCUCUGGAAGUCAUCAAAUAGUUGUUGGAACACAGUUCGAUGUAAAUGUGAUGAGCUACGAAGGCUUUGGUGUCGAAAUGAGAUUCGACUUGAUUAGUACUGGGGCAUUUGCAAUCAUCCAGGAAGUGAAUAAAUACACUACAGCCGAUGCCAGAGCAAUCGAAGAGUGCAAAGAUGCACAAUUUUGCGCAUCACUGAAAUCUCGAUGCAACAAUGAUUUUGUAUCCAGAAGCUGUCCAAAAACAUGCAACAAGUGCGCUCAGAUAGAUUACCCGACAUCAUCAUGCUCGGAUAAACUUGGUUCUCUUGCAUGUAAUGAGAUCAAAGAAGCUUGCAACUCUGACUGGAGUGUAGUGAACCUGUGCCGAGAUACUUGUGGACAAUGUCAAAAGGAAACUAGAAAUGUAAUUUCGGUUGAGUUUUUUGAUAAAUCCGAUGCACAGUGUGAAGAUGAGCCUGGUUGCAAUGAGAUUGAAGAAAAUCGGUGCACUGCUCUUUUCACUGCAGCGAAAAUGAGAAAAUCUUGCCCCGUUAAAUGCGGCCAUUGUAAGCUUGAAAGUUCUGUGAUGGAAUGUGUCGACAGAAUCAAUGAAGACAUUUGUCUAGAGAUCUCGGAUGGAUGUAAUCAAGCGCAUGUUGCGGCAAGUUGCGCGAGAACUUGCCAGACAUGUCCAGUCUCAUCUGAUCGCUGCUUUGAUUCCAGUGAAUUAUGUGUUAGCUGGAAGAGCUCAUGCUCCUCUCCUUUUGUAUCUGCACUUUGCAAGCAGACUUGCGAGAGUUGUUAA